AUGUCGCGCUCAUUGAACGUCCUCUCGAAGCCUUUGGCUAUCCACUCGACCAGCCCCAUGACAGGCUAUCUUAGAAACGGCUACUGCGAGGUGCCAGCUUCAGAUGCUGGAAACCACGCUAUCGCUGCAGAGGUCUCAGACGAAUUCCUCAAGUUCUCAGCCGAGCGUGGUAACGACCUCCGCCAGAUCGGACUCAAGGGAGGCUGCAAAUGGUGUCUCUGCGUAUCCCGCUGGAAGGAGGCAUUCGACGCCAGAGGGAAGGAGGGCGACAAGAUUGUCCCUAAGAUCUUCCUCAACGCCACCAAUGAGAAAGCACUAGACAAGGUAUCGCUGGAAGACCUCAAGAAGUUUGCCGUUGACAAAGAGUAA